CACCGCUGGUUCUAUCAUAUCUACAAUGAGCUACGUCGCUAAGGGAGACAAGCAGGGAGAGGAGGUUGCCCCCAAGAUCCACCGGAUCCGUAUCACCUUGACUUCUCGCAACGUCAAGAACCUCGAGAAGGUCUGCUCUGACCUUGUGCACCGUGCCAAGGACAAGGAACUCCGCGUCAAGGGCCCCGUCCGUCUCCCCACCAAGGUCUUGAAGAUCACCACCCGCAAGACCCCUUGUGGUGAGGGUUCCAAGACCUGGGACACCUACGAGAUGCGCAUCCACAAGCGUCUCAUUGACCUCCACUCUCCUUCUGAGAUCGUCAAGCAGAUCACCUCCAUCCACAUCGAGGCCGGUGUUGAGGUUGAGGUCACCAUUGCCGCUUAA